AUGGGCUCGACAGAUUUUGCAAACCGACCAGUUGAGCCAAGGCAGCAGCAGUCCACCAUGAAAUGGCAACAAUCAAAAACAAAUCUCAUCAACCGCUCGUCAGGCGUGUGCGGAUAA